CGCGCCGCCUCUUCCUGUUACCAGCGGAAGUAUCUAACACGUUGCUUGUGUGUGCGCGCUCUCUAUCUCAACGAAGUCGCCCUCCGUGAAGCUUCCGGGCCGAGAGGAGCCGUAUAGACCCGCGUAACAGCCAUGACUGAACCAGAAGUGAACCCUAAGGCCUAUCCACUGGCUGAUGCCCAGCUAGCAAAAACCCUUCUGGACCUUACUCAACAGGCAGCAAAUUACAAGCAGCUCCGUAAAGGCGCUAAUGAAGCCACAAAGACGCUGAACAGAGGCAUUGCAGAAUUCAUCAUUAUGGCGGCCGAUGCUGAACCCCUGGAGAUUAUCCUUCACCUUCCCCUGUUGUGUGAGGACAAGAACAUUCCCUAUGUUUUUGUACGUUCCAAGCAGGCCCUGGGCAGAGCAUGUGGGGUCUCUCGACCAGUCAUCGCCUGCUCCAUCACCAUAAAGGAGGGCUCCCAACUGAAGCCCCAGAUCCAGUCUGUACAACAGGCCAUAGAGAGGCUUCUAGUGUGAGGUGUCAGCAUAUCAGUUUAUAAUGACCAAUGGGAACUGGUUUGUGCUGACAGUGGCCAAUCUCUGUCGCCGCAAGUUCCUUCCGUUUUUUGUUUUAGUAAUGACAUUGGUCACAGUUUUUUUGCAACCAUGGGAGUUCUGUAUGUAAGGGUUAAUAGAAACUGCUACUUUAAAUUUAAAAGUGGCUGAUUAGUCAUCUGUAUAUAAAUGUCCCUGCGUUUUUAUGCAAUUAAGUUUAGUUUCUAUGAUGAUGUUUUUGGGUUUUUUCUUAAACAAAAAAGCAAAUUUGUGGUUGAGAAUAAAGUAAACUUGGGCUUUAUUUUCAGUAUGCUGUCCUGUAUUAUAUGUAAUUUUUUAAUAAAAUAUACAUGGUGUAAAA